AAUUUUCCGCGGGGAGAUUCCAUGACGUCAUCAGUCGACAGACUGAGAAAUUUUCCUCCGGCCUGCACAAGUGAAACGAUACGGGAUACACAAUGUCUUCUUCGGUCAAAUUGUUGCGCAGUUUAUGCCGUGUAGCAUGCACAUCCAGGGUUUUUGCAAUGAGAGGAACAACUCCUCAUACAACGAAAACGAUUUUACCCCCGCUUCAGCAGGCCGUAAGAUGGGCAUCUCCAUCGGCACAGUUUGAUCCAGACGACCCUCGUACAUUUUCCAAUAAGCACUGGGAGGAACGUCUGACUCCUGAGCAGUACUUGGUGUGCAGAGAAAAACACACAGAACCGCCUUUCACUGGUGCCUAUACAAAUAAGUUUGAGAAGGGAAUGUAUGACUGUAUUUGCUGUAGGGCAGAACUGUUCAGCUCAGAAACAAAGUACGACUCAGGUACUGGGUGGCCUUCAUUUACUGCUGCUCACAGUAAAAUCCCCGGAGACGAGUCCAGCUCCAAUAUCCUGAGAAGGUCAGACAACAGUGAUAGCAUGGUCAGAACAGAGAUUAUCUGUAAAAAGUGUGAUUCUCACCUCGGCCACGUGUUCCCAGAUGGGCCAAAGAACACGGAAAGGUUCUGUAUCAACAGCCGGGCCCUGUGGUUCCGAGAGACCUAACCAGACAUCCUUCCAGUCCAGUCGGGUAGCGAGUGAUCAGUACGCCCCUCCUGGUUAAUUUAAUCCCAGAAAGUUUACAGACAGAAAAAAUGGCACAACCCUAAGACUCAAAUGAUGUUCUAUUUAUUUACACAACAGAAUUUCUCAUAAGUUUUAAGAAGUGAGUCCAGUUAAACAGAUAUUGCAAAUUAAUAAAUCAGAAAUGUCCUGGUAAUUCAUUUACUAUAUUUAUCCAGCAAAUACUUACAAAUGCUAUUUCAUUGUCCUGCAAUAAGCCCAACCCUACUUUGAAUGAGAGUUCAUGUGUUGGCCCCAGGGCUUACUGCAGGAUGAGUACAGUAUACAUGUAUGUAUGUUAGUUAAGUCUCAGGAAAAUUACAAAGGAUGUGUUUUAAAGAAGUUUCAUUAGUAUGUUGACUUGAGAAGAAAUUUUACUGUACAGGAUAGAAAUUCAGGGUCAUUAGGUGCUUGUUUUACAGACAAAUGCAAAUACCUGUGUGUACAGGUACAUGUAUUAUAUAGGAAUAGGAACUGUUCAUUUUUGAAAAAAAUAUCUAUGCCUUGAAAUAUUUACCAGACAAUUUUUUUUCAUUGAAUUAUUACAAAUUUGCUAAGUCAUAUAUGUAAGUGCUAAACCAUAUGUGAUACCUCUAGUAUACUUUUCUUUUUGACCAAUUACAUGUAACUUGCAGUUAUAAACAAGUUCGAAAAAAAUAUAUUUGACAUUUUCGGUGUAUGGUAUUAAAUGGUGUAUACCCAUAUACAAUGUAAGCCAAACAAUACAUGUUAAUGGUAUAUCUUGUAUCACAACCUGCACAAUGUAAAAUAUACCAGUAAGUGUUUUCCUGAAACUGUCCCGGAGCAUAAUUACUUGCUGUGUUCUUUUACAAUAAUCAAUUGUCUAAUGGUAGUGCCCUCCAAACCAAGUUUGGUGGUUUAUUGUUUUGACUGUGUUUCUAAUCGUAAUUAAGGACCCCAAACAAAGUUUGGUGGUUUAUUGCUUUCGAUCCAUUUCAUAUUAUUUUUCUUUCUUCUGCCAUGAACAUUUUCUGAGAAGAAAUGUCAAGAGAUAAGUUUGUGGUAACAUAACGAAACUUCCACUGCUAUGGAUAAGCAUGUAUAGAUGUCUAUCCAGCAAAGUUAUAGUUUCAGGAUUGUAAAGAUUAGGGCUGCAACAAUAUAAUAUGUAUUACGAUUCUGUGGUCACGAUACGAUACUGUGGUCUUGAUACAAUACGUAUUACAAUACUGUCGUCACGAUACGAUACGCAUUACAAUACUGUGGUCACGAUAUGAUACGUAUUACGAUACUGUGGUCACGAUAUAUGUAUUACGAUACUGUGGUCACGAUAUAUGAUACGUAUUAUGAUACUGUGGUCACGAAACGAUACAUAUGACGAUACUGUCGUCACGAUAUGAUACUAUCACGAAUCAUAUAGUAACAGUAGAAGCAAAACGGGCAUGACUUUUAAAGUUUCACACAAUUCACGUCUUCCGGCAUUCAGGCAGAGCUUGAACUGUCACUCGCCAUGUUGGAAUCAAUAUGAAUAGACUUAAUUCAGAAACGACAAAAUCCUGAAAAUAUUCUAUAUUCCUAAGUGUAUCAUAACCUCCCAAAAAUUAUUGUGUAUCAUACGUUAUUAAAAAUAACGCGAUAUAUCGUUGCAUCCCUAGUAAAGAUAAUGGCUGUGGCAUUUGAUUGGUUGUGACAGAUGUGCUUAUAAGUCAUCUAUUAGGUCAUUUGUUCCUACUUCAUUGGAACGAUAGGUAAGUUUAUGACCUGGAUCCUAAUUGGUCCAAAUUGAAAUGUCAUCUUCAACAUUUAUUGUGGCAUUGCAAACACUAAUCCAAAUUAACUGGCUAUUUCCUCUUAAAAUUAUAAUUAAAUUUAGAUGGUCAGUUAUUUUGGAUUGUGCAAACUCCAUUGGGACUUCUGAUGAGACAACAUGGCCACUGUGGUCAGGCUUUUGAUUGGACAAAAUUUAGGCGUUAAAAGUUAAGGUAUUUGUAACGGGGGAUUUCUGUAACACCCCUACCUGAGAAAGUCUAUUCAGAUAACAGAAUUGUAAAGAGUAUACAAAUCUGUUCACAUUUUCAAGUAAUUGUCUGCCAUCAUUGGAAGGUUUUUCUUGAACGUUUUAUUUUUGUUUAUUUUAGCGGAGCAAACUUAAAGCGUAUUAUAUAUUGAUUUGUUUUAUUAAUGGUUUGUUUCCAGUUAGUUAUAAUUAUUGUUUAUUAUAUAUGUGUGAAAUAAUUUGUUUUGAAAUCUGUUCUUACAGUAAAUAAUACAAUUUGAUAGGGAAAAAUACAUGUUGCAAUAUUAUUGGGAAAAAUUCUGUUCAAAUGGAUUUGCAUUUUUCUAAUUUUUUUUUCUUUUCUUACACUUGACUUUUAUUUUGAUAAACUUGAGAUCUGAUCUGAAAUGAAUCUUAAAAAAUAGAAUAUUAGCAUUUUUUUCUGAUCUCAAAGUUAUCUAUUAUCAAAUUCACAAACUCGAAAUAACUUGACAAUUAAUAGAACCCAUUGUUCUAAUAUUUUGAGGCUGUGUGUGAAUACAAACAAGAAGUAAGACCUUCGAAAAGGUGCUGACCAUGUUGAUUUUAUCUGCUAUGUUGGUUCAUCAAAAUUAAGGUAGAUAUCAGAUUCGGCAACAACAAGAAAGUUAAGUUAUUUUUGUUGCUAUUUUUGAAAUUAAUUAAUUUUGUUAAAAAAGGGGGUUAGGGCAUUGAAAAAAUGUCUUUGUUUAGCUGUAAAAGCACUUUAUAAAUGUUAAAGAAAUGAACACAAGGACAGAAGUCUUACCUAUAUUUAUUUACAAUUGUGGUAUUUGUUCUGUUGAAUUCUAGUGUGUAUCUUAAUACAUAUAGUCAUGUAUAUCGAUCAGCAGUAUAUGUUAAAUAGAUAUCAAGUUUGUGAUAGCUAUUAUCUAAAGUCACUAAUAAAGUAGGAUAUAAAUGAUGUUUUAAGGUGAUUUUUUUCUGAAAUUAAAUAAAUUUUAAUUUACUUGACAUGCAAUAAAUAUUGGGUAUUUAUAUUGAAUAUAUGUCAUUUUCAAAUUGCUCAGAAAACUGCACAAAGCCAAUUUGGUCAGUCAAUGAGAUGAUGUGUAUGGUACGGUACCAGAACAUGACAACGAACAGAAGCUCGAGUUUUUUGCUCACAAUUUGGAAUGGAUUCUAAUUAAUCAUUCUUCUGUAUCUAUAAAAAUUGACGUUCCUUUGUUAAAUUUACAAAAAAACUCCCUAUUUAAAUAAUGUUUGAAUCACAACAAAUAGAAUUUAGUUGCAAUAUCAACAUUAAAUAAACCCCACACAAGAAUAUGGACUCAAAGAUAGAGCUAAGAUAUGUUUCAUUUAGAUAAAAAUGAAAUGAUUAUAAUUAUAUGCAAAUGUGGUUUCUCGAAAAACAAAAAAGCAUUGUGCAUGGAAGCAAUUUACUGAUGAGAGAUUUGUAUAAUUUUUUUGAUAAAAGAGUAAGAUUAUUUUUAGUCUUUAAGUCGUAAUCUUCACUGACUAGUAGUUUUAAUUAGUCAUUUGAAAAUCUGUAUUUUAAAAUCUCAGGACUUCCUUCUUCAAUUUUUUUCUGCAAAAUUCUAGUCUAGUUUUUAGAAUCUGAUCAAUACUUUCAAAGUUUGAUCCAAAUACUCAAAAUACUUAGGGCUGGAACUUCUGAGACAAGUAUACCACCAAGUUAUUGCUGUCAAAAACUCACUAAACAAACAAAUACAGAGAUACCUGACGGCAGUUGUAGUUAUUUCAGUGCAAAGUAAAUAUUUAGGAAAAUAUUUUUGAAAGAGACCUGCACAUGGUAUUUUCCAGCUUAUUGCUAGUCUGACUCAUCAUUCUGCUUACAAUGAUUAUUAUUCCUGGUGUAAAUAUUUAUAGUUGUAUUGUACAUACAAUAUUUUCAUAGCCCUCUUUUGUACAAUGAAAUCCUGUAAUUGGACCCUCUGGGAAAAGUCUGGUGCAAUAAACUUCCUGAUUAACAGAUCAAGAAUUAAUUCAGAAUUUCCUGAGACAUAAAGAGUCCAGAAUCAAGAAAGGCAACGUUCCAGAUAAAAUCAGCUUCGACACAGCUUCUGCUGUACUUUGAGUGAAGAGUGUAGGGUAUUGGUCACUGGUGCAUUUAAGUCACUUAUAAAGAGAAAACAAUCUCUGUGGUUUAGAACGGAAAAUCUAGAUCUGUAUGUGCUAGGUGGUAUUUAAGGCACUAAUUUAGAUUAGGGAUGAGCUACCAAUAGCAAAUACAUUUAAAAAUUGGCCUGAGAACCAAGUAAUUAAUUUUAUUUGGCCUUACCGCAUACAACAUAUGUUUGGGUUUUAGAAUACAGUCAUAGAGUAAAGUCAAAGGCUAGAGCCAAUUGUGUACAUCAUUGCCAAACUUUACUGGUUGGACCAGGGUUAUUGUUGUGAUCUUUGUCAAAUACUUUCAAGGGGGAUAUAACUCACUUCUAGCAGUUUAGGACAAAACACCAGCAAGAAAAUUAGUAGCUGUGAAAAAUCCUUUUCUUGUUACCUUGAUGUACAUAAAUACUUCUUGGUUUUAUUGAACAUUGACAAUUUCUGUUUGUUGUUGAUAUACUCUAAAACAAAAAGGUUUCAAGCAUGUCUUGAAAUAUGUAUGAUUUUCAUUUAAAACAAUUUAUUCUGUUCUGAAGUCUUUGCGCUCAUACUUAUUCGAAUAUUUUUACAUGUUAUAUGGAAAUAACUGAAAUAUUUUGGAAAAAAAUAAUUACCGGGUGUGUAAUUUCUUUUUAACUUAUCAUCAUUUAUACAAAGAUUAACAGAUGAUUAAAGCCUGGAUUAACGAAUUUUUGAAGGUGUUGCAUCAAAAUAACCCGUACCCAGAUAUACUUUCUGUUAUUUGACAUGUAAUACAAAGGUUAUUUGUCAUCAAGUAGAAAGGGAAGUAACUCUAAAAAGACAAAUAUAAUUUAUUUAUUUAUCUGUUGUUUUAGACUGUUGAAGGAUUGUGUAAAACUUACAGCUACCCGACUUUUAACUUUAGUGGAAUAAAUGUUUAACAUAUUUCGUAUUAUUAUUUUCAGAUGUUAAUGAGAUGAAAAUUCAUGUAGUAUUGUAAUACAUGCUAUUUGACAUCUUUGUUAUAUAUUAUGUAUCAGUUGUAUGUAAUGAAUUUCUCAUGAUUUUUAAUAAAUUGAAAAUAAAGUUAUCCUGAUUUUG